AUGAAUCUAACCGAGGACGAACACAAUUUAUUAAAAUUAGGUCCUCGAUUCAUUUACAAUGAUCUGAAAGCAGCUAGUCGACGACGUAAUAUUGGAUUAAAUCUUUUAAAACGUAAGAUUCAAACUCGUUUUUUACAACAAAAAGCUGCUCCAGUUCGACGUUUAUUUGAUAUUCUUCAAAGUGCUUUACGUACAUAUGCACCAUGGAGUUUAACACAAUCAUCUCAUCGAAUAUUAUUACAAUCGGAAAUAGGUAGUGGAGCAAAUAAAUGGAUAGUUAAAACAAUGGAUAUGAGUACAGAUGCUGUACAUUUUCGUCCAGUUGAAAUGAAAACUUAUGAUAGUAAAGGAAAUUCAAUUUGGUGUAUGACAACAACUAUUCCAGUUCAAUUCAAUUUAUGGCUUGAUCCAUUAACAAAUAAUAAUGAUAAUAAUAAUACAAAAACUAUUGAAAAUCAAUUUGAACAACAAUGGAAACAAUAUACAGAUAAUUUAAAAGAAAGUCUUCUAUUAAUGGAUGAUCGUUUACUCUCAUUAGAUACGUUAAAAUUACCAUCAAAAUCUAGUAAAAAUUCUGUUGAUAUUCAAUGGUUGUCACCAAUUGAUUCACCACUAUCAAAUGAAGAGUCAAAGGAAAAUCGUACAUGUUAUAAAUUUGAUGGAAGUGCAAGUCUUCGACUCUUUACAUGCCAUUCUGAAAUGACCGGCAAUGAUAUACGACAAUAUUUUAUAGAAGAUCUUUUCCGUUCAAUGCUUAUUCGUCUGAAUUUAGCUCUUAUUAAUAAUGAAACAAAUACUAAUGAAAAUAUUUUACUCAAUAAACUUAUUUUACCACGUCGUGUUUAUAUUAAUCGACCUGUUUUUAUAUCUGGUUAUCAACUUGUUCAUGAAGAAUUACCAAUGGUUAUUGAUUCAUUACAAGAAAAUUUUAAAAUAACAUCACUUUUGGAAGAAGAUCUUGAAGUUGCUGAAGAAUUUCCACCUGAAAUAACAAAUGAUGAAAGAUUAAAACAAUUUAAUACCAAUAUAAAUACAAAAGAUACUCAAGAAAAAUUAACAACGAAAAAAAGCAUAUAUCAAAAUUUAAUGAUUCUGAUUGAACAGUAUCUUGGUACCGGAAAUGCAGUACUAAUCGCUUUACUCGUUGCAAUAUUUUCUAUAUUGAUUGGUAUCAUGAUAAAACUUUUUACAUAA